AUGAGGAUGACUGUUACCGGUGUUUCCCGCCCGACCCGGGCAUUGGUACUGCCGCGUCAGGUACUAGUGAGGCUGCCUGCGCUAGGUGCCAGUGCGUCUGUGCUCUCAGGUGCUGGUGAGUCUGCCCUCUCAGGUACUGUGUCGGCUUCGGCCUCUCACACCUUCACCCUUGACUCUGGAGCGUCUCGCUCCUUCUUUAGGGACCGCACCACUCUCACGCCGCUGAGUCGGCCGGUUGCAGUGUCCCUGGCUGACCCCUCUGGGGGGCCGGUCCUGGCUCGCUUCUCCACUGUCCUCCCGUGUCCAGCGGCCCCCUCUGGCACCCUGACUGGUCUCUACCUCCCCUCGUUCUCGACGAACUUGGUGAGUGGUGCUGACCUCCAGGAUGCGGGUGUCCACCAGUUCACCCCUGCUCGUCAGCGGGUGACCCACUGCACGGAGGAGGAUACAGGUCGCCACCUGGCUACGUUUACACGUCGGCCAGGGUCGAGCCUGUACACACUGACCACUGCUUCUCCUCCAUGUGCUGAGUCUGGUAAGGUCCCUUCGUCUGGUCAGGUGUUUGCUGCAGCGUCCAGGUCUGGUCCUGAGUCUGCCCCCUGCUCGUGUCGUCGUCUGUCUCACGAGACCCUCCUCUGGCACCACCGCCUUGGCCACCCCUCUCUGCUUCGGCUCAGAGGCAUGGCCUCGCGAGUCCUUGUGUCUGGUCUUCCCCGGUCUCUCCCUCCCCUUCCUCCGGGCCCUGGCCCCACCUGUGUCCCCUGUGUCGAGGGGCGCCAGCGUGCUGCCCCUCACUCCUCCCAGUUUCCUCCCACAGAGGCCCCGUUGCAGACGCUUCACAUGGACGUGUGGGGCCCAGCCCGCGUCCGUGGACAGGGUCAGGAGCGCUACUUCCUGCUGGUGGUUGACGACUACUCGCGUUACACCACAGUCUUCCCCUUGCGCAGCAAGGGUGAGGUCACUGAGGUGCUGAUCGACUGGAUCCGCGCAGCUCGUCUCCAGCUUCGGAGGAGCUUUGGCUCUGACUUCCCUGUUUUGCGUCUGCACUCGGACAGAGGUGGAGAGUUCUCCUCCGGCCUCCUGAGUGCCUACUGUCGUGUGCGAGGCAUCCGUCAGACCUUCACGCUUCCGGACUCACCGCAGCAAAAUGGGAUUGCUGAGCGUCGCAUUGGCAUGGUCAUGGACGUCGCUCGUACGUCCAUGAUGCAUGCGGCUGCUCCCCAUUUUCUGUGGCCGUUUGCGGUCAGGUACGCUGCGCACCAGAUCAACCUCCACCCCAGGGUCUCUCGACCGGAGACCUCCCCAGCCCUGCUGUGGACGGGGAAGGUUGGCGAUGCGUCGGCGUUCCGGUUUUACCACCCCACCUCUCGACGUGUUCUGUCCUCCCAGGACGUCACGUUCGACGAGUCGGUACCCUACUACCGCCUCUUCCCCUACCGCACUCCGUCCCUCCCCCCACCCCCGCUCUUCUUGGUAGACGCGGUCGAGCCUGUCGAGGUCACUGGUGACUCUGGUGCUGCUGCGGGAGCUGAGCCUGGGGGUGCGGAGUCUGGGGGUGCUGAGCCUGGAGGUGCCGAGUCUGGGGGUGCUGAGCCUGGGGGUGCUGAGCCUGGAGGUGCUGUGCCUGGGGGUGCUGAGCCUGGAGGUGCCGAGUCUGGGGGUGCUGUGCCUGGGGGUGCUGGGCCUGGGGGUGCUGAGCCUGGGAGUGCCGUGCCUGGGGGUGCUGUGCCUGGGGGUGCUUCGUCUCGCCGGGAGCCACUCUCCCCACAGGAGCUGCGUGAGUGGUUUGCCGGGCGCUGGAGGCGUGCUGCUGGUGCUGGUGGUUCUUCGGCUGCAGAGGGCACUGCUGCUGCGCGCCCCGCCGGCGCUCGUACUGUGGGUGCUGGAGCUGCUGAGUCUGAGAGUUCUCCUGGAGCUGGUCCUGCUGAGGGUGUUGGCGCUGAGCCUGCCGUUGGCGGCUCGACUGACAGUGCUCCUGGUGCUGCGGCUGGAGGUUCUGGUGCUGCUGGAGGUGCUGCUGGAGUGGGUGCUCCUGCCGGGGCUGCUGGUGCUGUUCCUGCUGUUUCUAGCGUCGCCGCGCGGCCCCGACCGUACUUCGUUCCGCUCCGGCAGCAGGUUCUUGGUCUUACACCUCCUCCUCCUCCCUUAGAGGGUCCGCAGCCUGUCCGGUCACAGCCACAGCUACAGCCUGCCUCCCCUUUGCCUGCUCCUUCUCCCUACGCUGGUCCGACUGGAGGUCUUACUGAGCGUCGUGAGCCUGCGUCUCGUCCUGUGUCGCCUGUUCGUAUUGAGCGCGCUAGUGGUCGCGGGUCGCGUCAGCGGCCUCCUCCUGUCCCUGGCACGCACCGGAUGUCACUGCGUCCGUCCACUGCUCCUCUGCGUGCCCCUUUGCCUUCUCCUCCUGCUUCCUCUCUUCCUGCUCUUGCCGACCCGGAGUCGGACGCUCUUCGUGCUGCCAGUCCUACUGUCACGCGUCUCCUGGCUACUGCUGUCACUGACCCCUCCUUCGAGUCGUCUGCUGCGUCUGCCCUUGUCACUGAGCUUGUCGACUUUGCUGCGCGCUGUCGUCUAGACUACGCUGCUCGUCUUGUCACUGAGUCUGAGUCCGCCUGUCCUCCGUCCGUCGGGGGUGAGUGUGCCCUUGGCACGGACGUCCUUGAGGACAGGCAGGAGGAGUUCCAGUGUCUGGCCGCCGCUUCACCUCGUCUCGCGUCUGUACUGCUAGCCCCUGAGGGAGACCCGGAUGCACCAGACAUCCCGACUCCGCGCUCUUACGCGGAGGCGAUAGAGGGUCCCUACUCCUCUCAGUGGCAGGCAGCUAUGGAUGCAGAGAUGGCUUCCUGGAAGUCCACAGGCACCUACGUUGACGCUGUUCCCCCUCCUGGGGCAAACAUCGUCAGUGGCAUGUGGAUUUUCAGGGUGAAACGGCCGCCGGGUUCUCCGCCUGUCUUCAAGGCGCGUUACGUGGCUCGUGGCUUCAGUCAGCGGCAGGGGGUUGACUACUUUCAGACCUUCUCCCCCACCCCGAAGAUGACCACUCUUCGGGUUCUGCUACACGUUGCUGCUCACCGUGACUACGAGCUGCACUCUCUCGACUUCAGCACAGCUUUCUUGCAGGGCAGCCUGCACGAGGAGAUCUGGCUGCGUCGCCCACCUGGCUUCACUGGGUCUUUCCCUCCUGGUACCCAGUGGAGUCUCCGGCGUCCAGUCUACGGUCUCCGCCAGGCGCCACGUGAGUGGCACGACACACUGAGGACUACGCUCGCGGCACUUGGGUUUGCUCCUUCCACUGCCGACCCGUCGCUGUUUCUGCGCACCGACACCUCUCUGCCGCCGUUCUACAUCCUCGUGUACGUCGACGACUUGGUCUUUGCCACAGCUGACACUGCUGGACUCGCCUACGUGAAGUCCGAGCUGCAGAAGAGACACACGUGCACUGACCUGGGUGAACUGCGCAGCUACCUUGGCUUGCAGAUCACCCGGGACAGAGCACGCCGCACCAUUACCCUGACUCAGUCACACAUGGUGCAGCAGGUCCUUCAGCGCUUCGGCUUCACGUACUCCUCGCCUCAGGCCACUCCUCUGCCUACUCGCCACUCGCUCUCAGCUCUGCCUUCGGAUGAGUCCGUAGAGUCGAGUGGCCCGUUUGCAGAGCUUGUUGGCUGCCUCAUGUACCUGAUGACCUGCACACGACCUGACCUCGCAUACCCUCUUAGCAUUCUCACACGCUUUGUUGCUCCUGGGAGACACCGACCAGAGCACAUGGCUGCAGCGAAGAGGGUGUUGCGCUACUUGUGCAGUACGUCGGGCAUGGGGCUAGUGCUUGGAGGGCGCAGUCCAGUGGUCCUCACUGGGCACGCAGACGCUUCUUGGGCUGACGACCAGGCUACGCAGCGGUCUUGUGAGGCUGAGAUCUACGCUGGGGCCAUGGCUGCACAGGAGUUACGCUGGCUCACCUACCUGCUGACCGACCUUGGAGAGCAGCCUCGUUCUCCUCCAGUCCUGUACGUAGACAACAAGGCCAUGCUGGCCUUGUGUCGAGAGCAGCGACUGGAGCACAGAACGAAGCACAUUGCUCUUCGCUACUUUCUUGCUCGUGAGCUACAGCAGCGUGGACAGCUGCGACUUGCGUACGUGGCCUCUGAGGCCAACACUGCUGAUGUCUUCACCAAGGCACUUGCGCCUUGUGAUCAUCAGCGUUGCUGCACGCAGUUGGGUCUUGUGCCUGUAUUGCCUCACUUGCUCUCCUCUUGA